GUCACGCAAUGAAACUCCAGUCCAGCAUCGCCAGAUAGCUCCUUUGUCGCGGCGCCGCGCCGGCUACCCGGAUGGUGAAGCUGGAGGUCGGCUUCGCCGUAGUCAGCGUCCUGGCCGUCGUCACCGUGGCCUUCCUGCUCCGCGCGUGCUCCCGCAGGGCCGCGCCCGCGCCCGCGCACCGAAGGGAUCAGGAGCGCGGCCGUCGCACGGCCACGGCGGACGUCGAGGCGGGGCUCCACGAGGCCGCGCUCAGGGCGCUGCCCAAGUUGGUGUACGGCGAGGCGGUGGCGAGCGGGACGGCGAUCGACGCGUCGACGUGCUGCGCGGUGUGCCUGGGCGAGUACGCCGGCGGGGACGUGCUCCGGGUGCUGCCCGAGUGCGCGCACGCCUUCCACCAGCGCUGCAUCGACCGGUGGCUGCGCCUGCGCCCGACGUGCCCCGUCUGCCGCUCGCCGCCGGUGCCCGGCCCUGCUUGAUCGAUUGUUAGUUCUCAGGGAGAGCCGGGGUGCAGACUGUAAAGUACAAGCAUUGUAGCAUAUGAAAUGGAAGGGCAAGUGCAAAAGAAAA